UUUGGCGUCGCCUUAUUGGUCCUCGAUAUUUAACAGCGCGUGUCUUUCCCCUCCACCAUCCACCCUUUCCACGGCGCCAUCCACCUCCACCUCCACCUCCCGGGCUUUUGAGUCUUGAUCAAGGCCUCAAGGCAUCAACGGAUUUCUGUUUCCCUGGCAUCGAAAUUCCACGUACUUUUUAAGAGGCCUGCUGUAUGUAGCUAUCUGCUACGUAUGUCUAACUUGGUCUUUACUUGCUGGAUGGGCCUCACAUGAGAACAAGCACGGCGCAGGUCUUCCUUCAUGCAAUCAUCAUGAACUCGAAUGGAGCCUUGUCAGUAAUGGAAUGGUGCUCUGUUCUGCUGCAGCUUUCGUCAGGUUUAUUGCUACAGGUACCGAGCUCCGUGACGAUGACCAACGACUUGGAUUUGACUCACCUCAUCUUUGAACACUUCACUGGGUUAGCACGCCAGCCAGGUUCGUCCGUCUCGCGUAUCCCUGCCGUCCCGACCACCCUGGUCACCGUACCAACCCUUUCUGGUUCCUUGACUCUUGACUGAGUUGUCGACUGCCUGUGCUCGAAAUUGAAGAAGCCAUCCUCGUUUUAGGUUCUCGUCAUCUUCUCCUGGGAUCAGUCAGUUGUUACACGGUUGCCCCUGAUAUAUGUACUUCCGGACUCUUGGCCUCACGCAUAAUGAAACCUCAAGCUUUCCUGAGAAGCUGAUACCUUACUACCCAGAAUGAUGCUCAAUUAAAUGCUACUGAGCUGAAUCUUGACAGCCAGUGCUUCGCUUUAGCCUUUUGCCUUUUUUGGGUGGAAGCAUACCCUCCAAAACUUAGCUCGAGUGUGUGAAGACUCCUCUCCUCAGCUUUUGAUAAUGCACACCUCCGUCUUGUGCGCCAACACUUCGUGAGCAUUGGUAAAUCUGGUAUUUCAUGAUGGUGGUUACAAUAUAGCCAAGAGAGGGGGUGUUUGGUCCUCAUUUGACGGCAAGUGUACGGAUUAUACUGGUACUGUCGCCAAGAUGUUGCCCGGACAUCGUUCACUCAGCCUUUCGAAGCUGCGCUGUAACUAGCUUCCUUCACAGGAGCAUUCAAUGAAGGCCGAACAAUCUGCCCAAUGGAAAGAAGCCUGUCUCACACAAAUCUCGAGAGAAUCGAUUGUAUAAACAUGUGGGUAGGAAUGAUCGGUCUGAGCUUGUCUCGCCUCCGAAUAAGUUUGUUGGCAGAAUCCGAGAUCUCUUCUUCAAAACUUGACAUCUGUUUACUUUCGUCAGCAUCAAUAAAAAUCGACAUGUAUGUACAUAAUGUCUUGCCACUAAAGUACGGUGGCACACCUAUGGUAACGAGAGGCAUUUACGAGACUGAUAAAAUAUAAAGUUCUAUCUACGGAGUAGUCCCUAUCGCAUCACAGUCAUUGAACGCAUGUUCAAGUCCGGUGUCGAUUCUGGC